CAUACAGCGCGCCGCUGCGCAAACAACACAGUGUACACUAAUGGCGUUUCCUGUCUUUUACGUUGUUGAAUUGGUACAACGAGGAUCUCUUUGAAGAAGAAAUGGGUUUUCAAAACAUUUGGUACUCGCAUCCGCGAAAAUAUGGACAAGGAUCUAGAUCCUGUCGUGCGUGCGCUAAUAGGCACGGAUUGAUUCGCAAAUAUGGUUUAAAUAUUUGCAGGCAGUGUUUCAGAGAAUAUGCUGCUGACAUUGGCUUCAAAAAGCUGGAUUGAUACAGAAACAAUAUAGUUGUUAACAUUUCCUGAAGAACUAAAUUCAAAUUUCAUACAUGGAAUAAAAACAAAUUGGAAUUGAAAAACAACAAACAAAAAUUUCAGAAAAAAUGUCAGGUUUAUGUUAAAUAUACAUUAACCAAAUAAAUUGUAAAACAGAAAUAAGUUGUAUUGUAUUUAACUCAGUCAUGAAUUAAAAGGAAAUUUAAUUUUAUUUAUA